UUCUUCAUGCGUGAGUUAAAUGGUAAUAGACUGGAAUAAACAUUAGGCCUUACGAAUGCUUCUUACAAAAAAAAAGAAAAAAGGAAAAAAAAAAACUUUCACACGAAUAUAGUUUUAUUGGGUGACCAGUUAAUUAUUCAUAAACAGCGUCUCAUAGAUUAGACAAUAUAGCUUUUCUUUGUAUCUCUUUGGGAUUGAAAAUUUACUUGCAAGCUCGGUAGAUCUCGGCGAUAUACUUCUGUUUUAAAAGGUUUCUAAAUGGCAGACGACUUGCGCUCUUCGAUGCGUUGGUGCUAAGUCCGACGUUUUGGAGUUGCUGAGAUUCGGUUCGAUGAGAUAAAGAAUUGGAUAAAGUACAAGUAACCAGACACUUUUCAACAGGCUGAGUGCAGUGGAAAUAUCCGCUGACAGCUAAACUAUCAUCAAUUGUCUUACGUUUCACUGUUACUCCAGAUUCAGCUUAUUAUUUGCUUUCGAAUGCAAACUAACUUGGUGUGCGAGGAUGCGUGCGCCAUAAGAUAACAUAACCAACGUCACCGUUGAUUCCGAAAGGAAUAAGUGUGUGGUAUCUAAAGAUGUCUUGCAUCUCCUCCCGUUGCGUCAAGUCUCUCUGAGGCAAAUCUGUCUUUACCACUGCCACCUGGAUAUCUUCGAGCGAGUGACCCACGCAGUUUAUACGAACUCUCAACGGUUUCCCCAAACCUUGCAAUUUAUGCAGGCCGAUAUCUCACAGCGGGACAACUAAUCAAACAUCUUUAAGUAGUAUAUUUAGGAGAAUAAGCCAAUCGUUGCUACUUUGUAUUUCACUACAUAAAUAAAACAGCAAAGCAAAACCACUCCUUGCAAUAAACUUUCAAAGUCUGAAUAGUCCACCUUUCCUUUCCGCUUUGAAUUCUGUUUUAAGGUAAUGGACGCUAAAACCGUUUUGUUCUUUGUUCUGUUUCAAGGAAUGGUGAAUGCCAUUGUUUACGCUGCUGAAGAAGAUUCCAAACUUUCUCGUUCAGUAUUCUUCACGAUGCGGCAAGAUAAGCGACUUCAGGGACAUGUUGUCAAAAGGUUUGAGUGUCCCAGCCUGACCUCAUGCAGCCGGUCUUGCCUGAGAAAUUCGUGGUGUACUUCAACCAAUUUCAAGAUAGCAUCCGAGGAAACCGAGAAAGCUACUUGCGAACUGAACAAGCAUGGGGCCAUUGAAGAAAACACCAAGUUUCAUGAUCAGCAAGGAGUGACUUUUUCUUUGCUUUUAAAGGGUUGUCAAAGUCCUACAUCUCCUGGUUGCUUCAACGGUGGUUCUUGUAUAGCAGACGACAAGAAACAAACAUUUUCAUGUUCGUGUAAACUGCCUUGGAUUGGGGAAAAUUGUGCAAAACUUGAUGCGUUUUCAUGUAGUGAUGCUCAAAAGAAAGCUGACGAGACGUUACCAAAUGGACAAUACUUGCUGACAAAUGGAAGCGUCUCAUUUAAGGUAAACAGAAUGGAGAAGACAUCAUUGAAUAACUUGACAAAAGCAAAGCAUAACUUUUUGGCGGAUAGUUUAUGACCCGGGAGGGGAGAUACUCCCAGAAAAGUUGGGUGGGGAUGUGCGGCCCACUUCCCAAAACUCUUGCCCUAUUUAUGACCAAAAUC